UCCGUCACGACACUUCAGAGUUCAGUCAGAUUUGCGCAGGUGGCGUUUGAGGUCGUUUGCACGCAUGCGCUCGAUCAGUUAAGCCGGAUAAAUGAGCAGUGACAGUUACCCUUAUUUUAUUUUUAUUUAAAUAAAAAUUUAAUAAAACCGUUAUAUAAACAUCGCUUAUUAGGUUUCAAAAAAGUUUAAAAUACGCGUUAAAAAUGCAUUUAUAAUGUUCGACGUCUAGUGUUUUGAUGAAUAAAAUAUUGAUUUACAGCGGCCUAUCCUCUUUAUGUUGAAUUUCAUAUUUAUUUUAACUUGUUAAUUUUUGCGAUAAGUUAGAUGAUCCUAACUGUUGGUGCGGUCGAACAGGUUUUUGAAACUGUAGAGUUUUUGUUGAGUUCAUUGUUUGUGUGUAUGUGAAUACAUAGUUUGCGAUUGUCGAACGAAUGUGCCUCGUUGGAUCUAGUGAUGCUGUGAUCGGUAGAAACAGCCUGGCGUUAUUUCAUCUUUGCAUGACAAUUGAAAACGGUGAGGAGUGGUAGCAGGUGGUACCUAAAUGAUGGUCGCGGAGCUCGCCGUAAAAAGCCGCGCCCGGCAUGAUGGCCGCGCUCUCCUGCUACCAACCUUGUCGGUCGCACCUCGCACAACCUGCUAGGUGUUUCGACAACGACAACGAUCACUCAGCAACACUAUCAAUCCGCAGACGUCAAUUUGUCGAAAGAUGUCACGAAGCAAGAACUGGCCGGAGCAGGGAUCUUAUACCUGAGGUAUCCGUCAAGAGGACCAGGGAGGAGUUGGCUAAGCAUGCGGCACAAACACAACAACUGACCAGGCGGCUAAACGUCGAGUCAGGAUGGUCGAAAGUUGAAGAGGUUAGGAAGAAGUUUGAGGGAGCUGCGACCUCGGCUUCCUACUCUCGAUCCUUUGAAUCUCCGCCUAGGCGUCGUCUAGCAGACUCGUUAUUUGCAAGUUUCAAGCUACCGCGUAGGAAGGAGAUGGCGACACCCCGCUCGCUCGCGCCGCAGCCGCAACAGAAGCGGAAGUCCGCAGUCGAGCUGCUCGCUGAGACCAAAGCGUUCUACGUGAAGUCGGAAACUGUGCUUGAUCGAAAGCAAGAACUGCCUCUAAGGGUAAGCAGUGGCUUGAGUCAGGCAAUAGCUGCUGGGGGCUGUCAUCUCGUCAGCUCCGGCACUCUUAAUAAUGAUGCCUGCUGUAAUCCUUAUGCAACGACUAGAAUAUCGAGUACGCGGCGAGCGGUGAGCGCGGGCGAAGGUCUGCAGAACACUUUGAGACGGCUUCUCGAACAUUCUGACAGCAGAGAGAAUGUUUACUCCCCGGCGUAUGUCUCUCAAAAAAUGUUCUCCGAAGCACGUCGUCUCAAAGAUUCUUAUCCGGAUCGUGAAGUGUCUCGAUCGCAACACACGUCCGGUACAUUUUCUGGGACGUCAUCGUCCGGAACUUCAGGUUCCAAACACAAGGAGGACAAGAACCGGCCGCUGAGCUUUGGCGACGCACGAGUCUUCUUCCCGGAGUCAUUCGUGAUACCGAGACAGAGACCCAGUGAAGUUGUUAUCAAGAAUACUUAUUCUAUACCGAGUCCCCAGUCAAGUCCCCACGCGCCCGACGACAUCUCCCGCAGCGGAGAACAUAUCGUCGCGAUCAGUCCCCCCGCUGAGUACGCACUCUCCGCUCCCAGAUAUAUUAGAUCAAAUUCUCACUCCCAACCGAGCGUACGAGAGGAUGACAGCACCAAUAUUAAUAGCCAUAAAUCUCUACCUGAUUUACAUGCACAAGCGCAUGGUUAUCCUGAACACGUCAAUGUAGUCGUAGGCACAGAGUCUAUCGGUCGUUCACCUCGUAGACGACGACAUUCGGCCCAUCACCGUACCGCAUCCUGCUCUUCUAAGGGAACCCGAUCAAAUCACUCGUCGAUGAUGUCGUCCUGCGAUGCGUUUUCAGAACAUCCGUCGCCCGGCGAGGAAAAUUAUCAAUCUUAUAACAGCCGCUGCGGCUCGUCGUUCGCGCGCGACUCGGGCGGCUCGAGCGGCCACUACACGCAGCGCAGCGCGCCGCCGCACGCGCGCGACCACGCGCACCACGAGCGCAGCCGAGGCUACGCGUGGCAGGCGAACAACGGCAGCGCGCUGGAGCAGUGCUACGUGUCGGCGCCGCCGCAGUUCCAGGACGGCGCGCCGUCGCCGCCGCCCUACGCGCCGCACGCGCCGCACGCGCGCGUCGGGAUACACUUCCAGGCGAGCGCUCCUCCGCCCCAGUUCCAAGACGAGCCGCCGCUGUACGACUACGGGGACUAUGAUUGCACAUACAAAACCCCUCUCAAGUGUUUGAACGUCAGCAGGAAAGAAUAUACCAGCACGAGGGAAUAUACGAGAUACCAUGAGCCGAGCACGGAACUGAUCAGCAAACAGCCUCAGUACCAAGAGGUGCGCAUGCGUCCUCGCAUGGACGACAUGCAGGAAUACGUAAACACCGCUCAGAUAUGUCCUCCGGAAGAAGUGACGUCACCGCUCGGUACUUUCAAACGUCAGAGAUGCCUUCGUUACAAGCAACGGCGUCCGCGACCCAUUCUACGCUCGAAAUCAGACAUAUCUGACAGAUACAGACGCGCAGAUGGAAGAAGUCCCUCCUCAGCGCCAUGCGAAGGUGAAGAGUCUCCUGACAGUCCGUCAGGGGAGUCCGUGAGGCUUCAGCAGUUCUUCGACUAUUUGGGCAUGGACUCGAGACAGUACGACGCGUUCAUACGUGACGGAGACGAUGACAGUCCCGUAUUUUUCUCGUCUGCGUCCACCGUGGACUCGAAUCAAAUAGCUGCAGCUGCAGACUACACGGUCCAAGGUCCUGGUAUCCAGAAACAGAUCUAUCGCAACACGGAACCGCCAAGCGUAGUCGAAAGAAACGCGAGAAUUAUUAAAUGGCUAUGCCAGUGUCGCAAAGCUCAAAUGCAACCGCCUCAGUAGACCAAAAAAAAAACAAAAUAAACUUUUUGUUUUAUGACAUUUAAGGAUUUGACGUUAAACAUAAAACCACAGAUAAAUAUUUAUAUGGUUAAUUUGAAUGUAUUUCGGAACUGAUUAGUAAAAUGUAUGAUUCAAAAUGUUUUGAUUUCCUCUUACGGUAUAUUGGUAAGCAAAACCGUUAACAAUUUAAAAAGUUUUUUUUCAAAGUUGCAAAAAUAAUCUUAUAAAUAUUUUUAACCACAAUAUAAAUUUUAGAUUCCUAUAUAUUUAAUUGGAUUAUUACAUGACUUUCAUAAAGAAAAUAUAAUUAAAAUUAACAUUUAAACCAAAUAUUACUCCGUUACUUUUUGUCAUCGAAUUUUUUUUUAAAACAAUAUGUUAUAAAAAUGGUUAAGGCAAUUACACGGUCUUUAUAUGUGAGUAAAUAUAAUUAUAAUAACGUUAUAUUAUUCAUUUAAAACUUAAGGAUGUAUGAUGGAAUUUUUAUUUAUCUGUAACACGACUAUCUAACAAUAUCGUUAAAAAAUAUAUUAGAUGUGUAAAAAUAACUUUGGCAUCGAUAACUUGGCAAAACCUCGUUCAUUAGCUUAGAUAAAGUUAAAAUAACAAGUCGUCGAAACAAUUAAGUUGUGUCUAUGUUGCUUUUGUUGGAAAACGUCGUUACGUACACAAAAAAAAAAUCUAGUCAAAAAUUAUGAGUAAAUCAUACAACGAGUAUUAACCUCACAAUAAUAUCAUAAUGUAUAUAUAUUUCUUAAUAUUAAAGAUUCAAAGACCGUUUUGUUUUAAUCUUGAUAUUAUAGAUCAUCGAAGAAUUAUAUAAAAGUUCGCACCUUAUGUCACCUAAAGCGUCUGUAGCUCUAAAAAAUGAUACGUUAAAAAUACUAAUAAAAAUAUACUUUUAAUAGAAUAAAAUGUGUGACCGCAGCAUCAUAUUUUAUAAAACUUUUUAAAAUUCGUUUUCUUGUCUGUCAUUGAUAUAGAUAUUAAAUUUUUUGUAAAUAUAAUAAUGUAUAAUUUUAAUAAUUUUUAAGCUAAUUAAAGCCCCGAAGUACAUAUUCUAAGGACAAAUAAUAAAUUGUAUUUUUGUCUUUAAAUCUACGUACAAGUCGCGAGCUUAGUGUUAGAAGUCAAACUAGUUAUAAAAAAAAAUAAGGCACUAAAUUGGUAAUAUCGCUAUAGUUGCCUACUCAAAUUCGUAUUUUAUUAUAGUAUUAUACCUUCUUAAAAAGUCGAAAUUUUUCGGAAUGGCAAUAAUUUCAAAAAAAAUUUCUUCAUCAUGGUUUCGACUCUAUAUUGAAAUUAUAUGAAGCUAUUAUUAAAAAAAUAUUCUAAAUUAUAUUUAUAACGUUGGUAUUGAUUCAAAUAUAUCACGUUUUAUUGAUUUUAAUAUAGUUCGCUAGAUCGAGUAACACUAAAAUUACUCUAGCCUUUGUAAAAAAGCUCAAUAUAAAAUAUAGGUUAAAAAUAAAAUCAUUAAAUCAACUAAAAAUGACACAGCAAGUAUCUAAUGUUGUCUUUGGUUGCGAUUGGAAUAUUAAUGGGCCUCUAAGAUAUUAUUUAUAUUUAUUCUAAUUCUUAUUUCAGUUCAAUUCUUACUCUUCGUUUUUUUUUUAACUUUUUUCACGUAUUUAAAAAAAAAGCUUUCUUCGAUAUGAUAUUUCUGCGUCAUCUGCAUAGGAUUUGGAUUCAUCCUUACUUGGAUAAAAAUUAAACGUCAAUAAUUGGAAUUUAAUUUCAAUGUAUACUUUCUUUCUUUUUCUGUGGCCUUUUACUUGAGCUUGGCUCAUGUAAAAUCAAAAAUUACAAUGAAAUUUAAAACGUUAUCGGUAUUUAUGAAAAAAUGUUCCUGUUACGGAUUUGGUCAUUAUUAAAUAUUCUCUAUUUAUAAUUAUAAUUCUAACUUAAGAUUAUAGAAAUUAAUACUAUCGAUGUAAAUAUAUUUACAUCUUGUGAUUAAUGUGCACAAAAUGGCAAAAAAAUAAAUAACUGAAACAGUUUUCUGUGCCCAAUUGAUAAAAAAAAAUCUUUAUUGUCUGUAAAAAAAAUUCAUAAUAGGACAGUUUAAAAUUAGGCCAACUAUAAUUAUCAUUGACAUUUAAAAAUCAUAAUUUGAUUAUUAUUUAGAAUUUUAGACAAUACCAUAUUGCGUCUAAAUAGGUAUAGAUCAAUCGAAAUAACCAGAUAAAAACAAAAAGUACAAUUACCGGUUAUAAAAAAAAACUAGGAUAAAAUUAAUAAUUUAAACUGAGAGAAAUAUGACAAUAUCAUACAAACGAAUACCUACUAUUCUAAAGCAUAAUAUUAACGAUUUCAAUGUAAAAGUGCGUUUCCAAUGAAUUGGUUGGAAAUUUGUGAUGUAAUUGAUCUUCUGAAAGUACGCCACAAUGACAAUCCAUUGUAAUCAUUUUUGUUGACAAAGGGUUAUUAAAGAAACUUGUGUCGGGUUCAACAAAACACAAGUUGCCAAUUUUUCAUUUGUCGAAGCAGCCUUAUUCAAUAUUACAUUGAAACAAGGGUCUAACUGUAAAUAAAUUCUUCUCGUUUUAGUAUCAUAGAAAUAGUAUUUUAAGUGUAAUUGUUUUCAAAUGUGUUCUUUAAUGUUUUUAUAUACGUUGUCUAUAAUUCUUUAUUACUUUUACUGAGGUUUGAUAAAUUCUGACAAUACCUAAUGACAUUAAACUUUUGAAUGAAUAUCGGAUAUUAAUGAAUAAUUAAUAAUAUGAUACUUUAUUUAGUUGGACAAUAAUAUAUGAACGUUUGAAAAUCCGAAUUUCAUCUCAAUACAAUUAAUUUGAAUGUGAAAAUUAAAAUGAAAUGAAAAUAUAUUUAUAUAUAUAUAUUAUAGAGAGUUACUUUAUAUUUUUAUGAAUAAUAUAAUCAAUAAACGGCUCUAGUGAUAUAUCGUACUCGUCAAACUUGAUUUAAUUCAAUUUUAGUGCAAAAGGUAUUGCCAGUAUUGUAUCUAUAAUUUCCAAGUUUUUAACGUUUUUAUCUAAAAAUAUUUCCGAUUCUGAAAGACUGCCGUCUCUUUAUCAUUUUUAUUGUUAUUUCUGUGAUAGUAUAAUAUAAUAUAAAUUGUGUGUCUGUACUACGUAAUAGUAAAAGUGUUCUAUGCAUUUAAAAUGUUCAAGUAAUACGUUUUCUAUGUAACAAUUUUCUCAAUAUAAUAUGUAUGAAUGGUUAAUCGGUUAGCCAAAACGUAGUUUACUCGUUUUACUUAUUAUUGUGUACUAAUAUGGUUAGCGUUACAGUAUUAGGUCGUUUAGCAUUGGAUGCUUCCAUUAUUUGUGUAAAAAAGAUUUACGUACUUUGUUAGAAUUUUAAUGUUAAGAAAGAAUUAUAUUGUGGUCUGAUGAGUAUUAUAA